CCUAAGAUCGAUUUUCUAGGUAAAGACCCCCGAUUUUUUACCCAUAAAUAAAACAAACCAGGUGAAGACUGCAAAACCCAAUUAGGCCCCUGCAGGUGCUUUUGAAAGAAGAUAAUGGCCACGGGUGCUAGGUGUCGCGGUGGGUCUGCGGUGGUUUCCGAAACGUUGCAAUUACAGGGUAAAAUUGUCAUAUCACCUUCAAUCAAAUACUACUAUAAGAGAAGUAGUUGUGAGCCGUUAAGAGUGCGCGCGUCCACGGCUGAUUCUUCCUCCGAUUUCGCAAAGCGCAUGGAACGCGCCUGGUUAAUCUCUCAGCAACCAAAACCGAUUGCGUGUUCAUCUUGCAACUCAAAAGGGCAUAUCGAAUGUAAAUGGUGUAGUGGUACUGGUUUCUUUAUUAUUGGCGAUAACAUGCUUUGUGAAGUUCCUUCUAAAAACACCAGCUGUAUCAUUUGUUCUGCCAAGGGAUCAAUGUGCUGCUCUGAUUGUCAGGGAACAGGUUUUCGUGCUAGGUGGUUGGAACAUCCCCCUUCUUCACAAUAGCCACUCAAAUUCAAGAGUGUAUACUUUUAUAUAUAGCUAGGUUUCAACUUGUGAUGUAUAUUCAAUUACAUUAUUGUUGUUUUUUCAUAGCAGAUUACUUGGCUUUCUAGUUUCUACAUUAUACUCAGUUAUUUUUUGCUUGUAUUUAGACCAUGUUACUGUAUGAAUGAAUGAAUUGUUUACAUGUA